GCUUAUUGCGACCAUCGGUGUCCGCGGUUAAGAUGGACAAUCAGAUCGAAGAGAUGGCCUAUGAGGGGCUGGACGGCACGUUCACGUCCACGACGCCGCGCCACGGUUGCGUUCCUCCGCCGCUGGACAAAUUCCCAGACGACAACCUUGACAACCUGCGGUUGCAGCUAGAUGAAGUGGAACAAGAACUACGACAGGCAGCAGAGUAUGGCCUCCAUCUUGUGGCCACGAACAACGACCUCACGCAAUCCAUGCAGAGGAUACAAAUAGCUCAUGAAACCACUACGAGCGAACUGAAAGGUGACAUUGCCAUGUUGGAGCGACACUUGCUCGCCAUGGAAGCGGAACGCGAUGCUUGGAAGCAAAAAUGUCACACUGCCGAAGAGUCGUUGGAUCGGCUCCAACAGGAGCAACCAUCACCAAAUCAACCACAUUGUUAUGGGGACACUUCAACUUCCGAAGUGCACUUGUCCAGGGUGCCUCAAGACGAAGUCGAUCGACUGAAGGCGUCCGUAUACGACCUUUCGACGGCCUUGGAGCAAGCCACGGCCAGCGCCAUCGCCAAAGACUUGGCCAUUCACCGACUUCAAUCGACCAAGCGAGAUAUGCUGGACAUCAUCCAGCAAAUGAAAUGCGCGGCUGCCAAUGACGCCUCUGCGCGCAAAGCACUCGCAGCCAAAAACACGACCCUGCAUGGCCAAUUGGCUACCGCUUUAGUCAAAAUGGACGCCUGCCACGAAAUGUACCAAGUCCGGUUGGCCGACGAAGCGCGACUGCGCCAGACGAUCGAGGAACUGACGGUGGAGUUGCAAGCGCAAGGCGACGACGUUGAAGCCAAGUCGAACUUGGUGCAUUCCACACGGCUAAAGUGCAGUCACCUCGAGCGGCAACUGGAAUCGCUGGUGGGUCGGGAAACCGACUUGGAAGGAGGCGGCCAGUCAUCCCAUGAUCCGAACGAGGACGAGGCGACGUCCGAAGCGUUGGCUUCGUUUGACCGGUUGGAGAGCUUCUUCAAGCUCACUGCGCUGGGUAUUAUACUGGACCACGGCGCCCACGACAAAUUUCUGCAAGGCUCGAGCCGCCACACGAUCCAAGCGUGGUUUCGCCAAGCCACGCAAGCCGACGUGCCGUACCAUCAAUGGCACCGGUGGCUCACCAUUCGAAUUGCCGGGUACGAUUUGAAAUCAGCGUUGUUGACGUUGGUGGGUUAUAAUAUGGCGGUGGAUCGACGAUAGCUCGAGUUCACAAGACGGGUUCCGGUUCUUUCGACCCCGAAAGAGCCUCAGCGUCGAAGCGCCGUCGACGGCGUCGAGUCCGUCGUCGCUGGCCGGCGCCAUUGCCGAUUUCUUUGACAAGUACAAACGAAAGCCCGAGCCCAAUCAUAGCAACCUGUAGCCGCACAUUCAAAGUGGAUCUUGAUUGUCAAGUCGAUUCGAAUUUGGAGUGCUCAAUCGAAUCGGCAGGCAAUCGAUAUAUCGACCAAUCAAAAUGCAAAACACGAAUCAGUGGCCAAUGAAAUCCACCCAAUUCAUCAUUGAAUUAGUGUGUGAAUGAAAUUAGUGUGACAUCGGA